CAAUGGCUGGUGCAGAACGCCUGCUAAGCUAUCAGGCACAUGGCCCACUGUAGGUGCACUCUGUUCGCCGCCAUUUGUUGUUUUUAUCUUCAUCACUAUUGCAUGAUGUGAAUGAUCGAUGAUGGAAUGUUCGGAAGGGUCGCUACUCUCGGGUGGUUGCUACUUUCAGGUUUUACUAGCGGCGACAAUUUUUUGACGUUACUUUCGAAAGUUUACGGUAGUUUACAACACUCAACGAAAUUAACAAAUUUAGAGUUUUAGCGAAUUUGGCUUUAAGGGACUGUCCAGCUAUAGUUAAUUUUUAACGCACCAUCAUCGCUCAAUCGCACCACUGACAACCUCUGGUGGAAGUCCUGGGGACGAGUCAAAUUAUUUUCAUGGCGUAACGUAACAACACAUUCCUGACAGCAGCGCAGGAGCGCAAUCUCAACAUCAGGAUACUUCCUUGUAGAAUUAAUUACCCAAAGGUAUUUACAAACUAAACACCAUGGCAGGCAACUGCACGUUAUUUGUGGACAAGCAACACUACUGUACGGCGAUUUAUGCCGUUAAACAAACGAUGUCUUCAUUGGAACUUAUUGGCAGCUUGUUCAUCAUUUUUGUCAUCUGGUUGUUUAAAACCUACAAAUAUUUUCACCAGAGAUUAAUCUUGGCACUCAGUGUUGCAGCUCUGUGUGGAAGUAUUUCUUUUAUGCUGACUGGUGUCCCGCAAGAAAGAGGCACCUUGUGUGAAUUCCAAGCAUGGCUCAUCACAUAUUUUGGUAACUCGUCGUUUUUUUAUAUAAGCUACAAAACUAACGUAUCCUAGUGACUUCUUUAUAUUGGAGAACGUUUAGUGUCAUUUGAUAUGAACAUUUUAAGUAUAAGGUUACACUCUUCACUCUUUUCAGAAAAUGUCAUAGCGCCACUCCUUUUUACGUUUGGCUCGUAGCAGUUUCAUAAAGGAACAAAAAAAUCAUUGUAUGUCAUUUUGGUCCGGCCAAAGGCUGACCGCACCCAUGGGUCAAGUUCGCUUUCUGUCCUAUUUCGAAGAGAAAUGGCAAGGCUGUGAUCCUUAUCAGAUUGUUAAGAUAGAU